AUGUCUGAUUACGCCAGACUUGCGGAGCUUUCCGUGAGUGUACAACAUGUUAAAAACUGUGCAUUCUCGCAAUGGUACCAUAAAUUUGAAGGCCACACGCCGAAAGCUCAAAUUGUCAAGCCUGUGGCAGCCGGAUUCAUGAAAUAUUUGGAACAAGACGGCAUCGAACUGCCCAACGAUAGUAACUUUGGACAAUCUUCGUACUUUCAGGAGAUACAGAACACUGAGGACAAUGACUACAGCGAUUGGGAGGAUGAUAGCAACGACGGCGAAGUUCUACGACAAGACUCGAAAAGCAGCGUUGUGGCAAUGUUUCCAGAACUACACGAAAAAUUGAAAGCGGCUUUUCGAGAAAUGGGACCUCUCACUCCAAAACUAACUUGGUCUAGUCCCAAAGAUGCCACUUGGAUUCUUGCCAACAACACGCUAAAAUGCCAGGAAGUUAACGAUCUGUACCUUUUGCUGAAGGCUUCAAACUACAUCACCCACGAUCUGGAUCGUGCUUUUGAUGAGUGCUAUGAUAGAGAAGAGUAUAUGGAAGGUCCGGAGUCGAUUACUCAUGAGUUGAUAUUACGCAAAUGGUUUGACAUCAACCCAGCGUUAGAGUUCCGAGUCUUUGUCGAAGACUCACGCAUUGUUGCGGUCUCUCAGAGAGACCUAAAUUACUACGAUUAUCUACUGCCACUUAUUGAUACUUUUAAAGAUCUUCUCGACGAUUUCAUUGAAGAAACCGUGAAUCCAAAAUUUCCAGACAAAUCGUAUGUGUGCGAUGUUUACAUUCCAAGGCCUUUCAAGAAAAUAUGGCUGAUAGACUUUAACCCAUUUGCGAGGAAGACUGACCCUCUAUUGUUUUCUUGGAACGAACUAGUUACCAUCAAAGCUAAUGAAGCUGACUUUGAUUUCGAAUUUCGUUUGGUGCAUGAAAAUAACGUAGCCCGCUUUGCCGGAAAGGAGCACUCAGAAAGUCAAGUACCUAAGGACGUUGCAGAUGCUAUAACCAAUCCUAAUGCCAUAAAAGAACUGGCGCAGAAAUGGUCCGAAUUGAUGAAAAUGCAACAAGCCGACGAAUCAAGCAGCGAUGAUGAUGGGAAUUGA